AUGUGCAACAAGGAAAGCUUUGUCGACAAUAUGAGAGCCCUGAAUAGAACUACAGGCUUUGAUGAAGAGGUCCAAUCUUAUAGGCAAGUUGAUGCUGUCACAGAACGCCGAAUGACAGACUUCAUGAGUGUUUGUAUGCAGAAUUUGAUGGAACGGGGACGUGGUGCCAAGGUCUGCGACUGCGAGCCGCUUCUCCCUAUUUCACCCACAUCGAACAAUGUCCCCGCAAUAUGCGUCCCAACACGUUCGUCGCAAGCCUACCAGAUAUUCCAAUGGCCACAGGAAAGAUCAGGAACACUUUCCAGAGCUGCAGCUGGCAAGCGAUAUCUUUGGCUCCUGCCACUGGAGUACCGGUAUACCGUAUACAACAUAUCACUCAAAGGUAUCAUUGUGGACAUUCCGUCAUUCAGCUCUCUCUUCGUGUGCAGCACUCCCCACAUCCAAUCUUGGUUUGCGGCCCCCAUUCGAACCGCCAGGUUCAUGAAACUGGGAUAG